AUGGCCGUGCUGUUCGAUAUGUACUACGAGGACUAUGAGCAGGCCGAACAGGCAGCUCGGAAGUCCAUGGACGAGUACGCACGGGCUUCGGAUUCCGCCAUGUGCAAGCGAUUCGCUGCGAUUGCCCGAAACAGCAUUGACGAAGUCGAACGAUACUUUCGCGUGCUGGAAACGGAGGCAAAGAACGGGUCGUCAAUCACGGAGAAAAGAAAAAUGAUGGAGCAGGUGCGUCAAUGCCGAGCGAAAUUGGACGCGUUGAAGCUGUCGUUCACGAAGGAGGGGGUCGUGAAAACUACCCGAGCGAGGAAGUCACCCGAGCGAUUGACCGAUGGAACUUCUACCAACGAGCAGCUGGCGGGUUGCACCGAGUGCAUCGACAGAACUGGGCGUCAUUUGGAUGCAGCACAACGUACGCUCGUCCACACGGAAGCGAUCGCGGCGAACGUUGCCAACAAUUUGCUUGAGCAGCACAAUCAAUUGGAACGCACCGAAGCGAAUGUCACUCAAGCGCAAGAUGAUACCAAGGAGGCAAAGCGUCACCUUGGGUCGAUGGCGUUCAAAGCGUGCACGAGUCGAGUGUUGCUGCUUGUGGUGAUGUUGGCCCUCGUGGUCGCUAUCGUCCUGGUCUCGUACUACAAAUGGUACCCACGCGAUCAGAAGGACUACCUAGGCAUAUUACCCAACUCGACCACCUCGGGCUCCGGUAGCGGUGUACCUGCGAAGUGA